UAUAGAUGUUUGGAGGUGACAGGGUCAUUUACCCGACCGAGUUUUUCAGAAACCCGAUCAGGUUUCUUGAGUAAGUGCCCGGAAUCUUCAUUAGUCACAUCUACCCGGUCGGGUUUUUGAUUUACUCGAUCGGGUAAAACACAAAUCUUUGCCAAAUCUUCGCCCUGCACGUUUAAUUGCCUCCAAAUCAGAUUUGAUCUUCGGGUCAAGUCAAACCCGACCGGGUUUUUGACUAUUUCCCUAAAUUUUCACUUUGUCUUGUUCCAUUGCACUUUCCUUGACCUUUCCAGGAUCCUUUUGAUGAUUUUUACCUAGUUUAAGCUCAGAAAAUUCCUAAUUUAUACAAAUUACAAGCAACUAGGAAAAAUAAAGUAUUACACCAAAAGUGUGUAAUUUCCCAAACAACAACAAAUAAAACUAGUUAAAAUUAAAAACAUAAACAAUAACAAUUCUAUACUAUCACAAGCCCCGUAACAACAAAGAUGAUUCAGAAAAUGCUUGAGGAUGAAGACUCCGGAGAUCGCUUCAUCAGAAAUCUUGUUGUCUUUACAGUGUCAUGCCUCAUCAGAGGCGACCAGAGUAUCAGGAGCAAUUUCAAAAUAUUGUUGUCUUUAGUCAAAGUUGAAGAUAUUAAGAAUUUGAACUGGUGCAAGUACACUAGAAGGUCACUGAUGGAUGCUGGUGAAGAAUGGCAGGUUCAUCCAUCAAGGAUGUUUUCUAGAGCGUUGCUAUUCCUUAUGAUUUGUUACUUUGACAGAGUACAAUUCAAAGGACAAGUCUUGGAUACAGUUUACCCAACUCUAAGAAUCUGGGACAAGGAGAAAAUUGAUAAAAGAGUCAAAGAUGAGAGGAAGUUAGGAUUUGGUCUGGGCAAGGUGAUGCCAAGAAUAAUGCCAGUGGAAGAAGCAGAAGAAAAAGAAGAAAGCGAUGAAGAAAGAGAAGAAGAAAAAGAAGAUGAUGGAAUGCUGACAAAGGAGGACUGUGUGAAGGAGAUUGUUGCAGUGGCACAGAAAUUCAGUGAUGCUUUCAUCGAAUUAACAAAGCUGACAUCAACAAUAUCAAAAAAAUUCCCAAAUUCUGAUAUCCUGAAAAAGAUAUAUCUCACAACAGCAGAUUACUUCAUUCGCCAAGCUAAUGGAAAAGAAAAUGAACCUGAGAAAGAAUGAUUGGCAGAGAUGUGCACUCUUGAGGAAGAUGACGAUUGCUUCAAUGAACCCAGGGUCAGGGAAGCCCUAGAAAAACUUGAAAAUCAGCAUUUCUGAAAUUCUCAAUGCCAUCAUUCGAUCUUGGCAUUGAGUUUAGCAUGUCUCAACCUGAAAAAGAUGUUGAGAUGGCUGCUGAGACUGAAAAAGAUGUGAAUCAAGAAGAAGAAGUGCUGGUACAGGCUGAUGGACAUGUAGCAGAGGAUGUUGCACAUGUAGCCCAAGAAGUUGAAGAAGAUAAUCAACCUUUGGCAAAGAGGCUGAAGGUAAAAACAACAACUGAGAAGUAAUGGAAUUUCAGAUCACCGUAUCUGAACAUGAACAGAAGAUUAUGCAAGGAGAUGAGCAAGGAACAGAAGAUUGUCAUAGACUAUGGCUUCUCAAAGGAAGUUGGAAAUGAGUUGCUUUAUCAAUAUGGUGAAGGAGUGUUUGUCUACCAUGAGAAGUUCCAGACCCUGCAAGACGACAUGGUGGAUAACUCAAUAAUAGAUGCUUGGGUGAAGCUGCUGAAUGACAGAGAACCAAAGAACAAUGCUCCAAAACGUGCACUCAUUUGUUCUACCAUGGUCUAUGCACAAUUCCUGCUGGGGUAUAGUGACCCAAAAGAAAAAAUGGUAGAAAUGUUUAAGCUGAAAUCAAGCAAGCGGGAGGGAACCUCAGAACCUUUGAUAUGGUAAAAUACAACAGGAUCCUUGAAGAAGGAGUCCAAUUUGAAGACAAAUAUGGAGAGAGUUUUAAACAAAUGGUGGAAGGCUUUACUUCUUAUUGCAAAAAAAUCAGACACAAUGCUGGAAAGAUGUCAAAGUGGAACCUAAGAGUGCUGACUAUGCCAUGGAGAUACAAUGGUAACCAUGUCGACUAUGGCAUAUUUGUAAUGCGCCAUCUGGAAACAUAUCGAGGCCGGGGAGACAAUUGGGAUUCUGGUUUUCCCAGUGCUGCUACAGAUGAUGGAGUCAAAGCACAAAAUGAAAUUCUGCAAAAGCUCAGAGUUAUGUAUGCAGAGAGUUCCUAUUGUCAAAAUUCAACUCAGAAAGGAGAAAUGUUAUUGAAAAUGCACAAAAAUUCAUCAAAAUGUAAAGUGUUGUUGUUAUGAAGUACUUCUAUGGAGGAAUUUGUAAACAUUUGGUGAUUUAUGUGAGGGGAUGGGUGAUGGUAUGAAAACAUCUAUUGAAGUUUAUUAGUCCUUACUAGUUUAUUAUUGAA